AUGUGGAUUUCAUCAAUUUUGCCGCUUCUCUUCGUCUUCUUCUUCUUGUUCGCCUCAAUUUCGGCUCAAAAAUUGAAUUGCAAAUCUGAUGCGGAUUGCCCAAAGGAUCAAAAUUGUAGCCCAAAAGAUUCUUUCCGACCAAGUAUGUGCUUGUAAUUUUUUUCCCAGUUUUUUCUGUGUUGAAUAAAACUUGAGCUGCAUUUUUUUAAAUCAAAAAUGAAUCAAAUUUUGGAAUUUUUCAUAAAAUUUGGGCAGUUUGAGUAUAAACAUGACGUAUUUUGAGGCAAUCUGAACAUUUUCGUGGCUUUGGGGUCUCGCAGCGAUUUUUGUGACGUGACACAUUGAAAUUCGCACACUCUGAUAAUAAAGUGUCUCGAACGCGUAGCCAGAGAAAAGUUGUGCGCAUUUUUGGUGCAUGUGCGGUAGAGCGCACAAGCUUGUUUGUCGGUUUUUUUUUCUUGAAACGGUUAUAAAUGAGUUAUUAUACUUAUAUGUGAAUCGAGCUAUAUGCUCUGGAGAAUAAUGAGAGUAACGUUUUGAUAUAAAACAUGUGAAGAAAAUUUUUUUCAUCAAGUUUUAUUCAACACAAAAAAAUGAAGAAAAAUUAUUAAACACAGAUUUUAUAUGUGCAAACAGAUGAACAUCUUUUACCAGAAGGACAAUCGGCAUCAGAAUUACAUGUUAUAUCCCAAAAAUAUUUGGGAAAAGCCGAAAUUGAGACGAAGAGAACGAAGAAAAUCGGAAAAAUUGAGGAAAUCCACAUUUUUCAGUUUGGAAUUUGACAAAAAUUGGAAUCAGCGAUGCGUUUUUAUGUGGAAAAUUGAUUGAUUUGAUCAAAAAAUGGAAGAAAAUUUGGAUGUACUUUGGAACAAGAUAA